AUGGCGGAGCCGGCGCUGCUGCGGGAGUACGUGUCGCAGCUGGCGGCCCGCGCGGCGCAGGGACAGCUCUCGGCCUGCACCGACCCCGCGCUCAAGGCGCGGGCGCGGCGGCUGCUGGGCCCGGGGCGCCGCGGGGCCCUGGACGUGCGCGGCGUGGCCGAGCGCUGCCGGCGGGCGCGGGGCGGCCGCGCCCUGCGCGACCUGCUCAGGGCGCUGGAGCUGCUGGAGCUGCUCUGCGUCAACCUCCUGCUGUGCCCCUGGCGCCGGGAGAUCCGCUCCCUCAAGACCUUCACUGGGAAUUUUGUGUACUACAUCCAGCCAGUGCUCCCAGAGGAUGUUGUGAAAGCAGUCCUGGAGAAAAUAGGAUAUGUUGCAACUACAGCCACCGAGUUUUCACUUGUCAAAAAGAGAAACAAUGAGGAAACGAAGCAGACUGCAUUUGAGAUAUUCCUGGCAAGAAUUGAGUGUGAAGCUAUCCUUGAGAUGACAAAUGAAGAAAAACAAGGCAAUUUGGAGCAGAGCCUGCAGCAGGGAGCACAAACACAUCGGCAUCGAGGAGAGGAGGGUGAGGAAGAUCAGACACCCCAGAGAGGAGACACUGAAAGGCUGGGAAAUGAAGGGGACAGUGAGACACCUUUGUGCCUUGCUCCCCAGCAGAAGUGUUCAGCUGCCUGUGCUGCAUCCUUUGAAGCUGCUGGGAAUCUGAGGAUCAAUGUGGCUCAGUCAGCAGCUGCUGCAUCCCCUGGCAGCCUCCAGGGGCACCAGAGGCAAGGCAGUGACAGCACACAGCUCCUGGGCAAGUGCUCAGACAGCGAGGACUUCCUGAGCACAUACAGUGACAUUGUCAUCGCACAGACACCCAUCUUCAGUGAGGCUCUCUCUCCAAAGGCUCUGGAGAAGGAGCCAGCAGGCAGGCUGGCUGAGGAGCGUGCCCUGGCAGGGGCUGCACGAGUGCCGGGGCCUGCACCUCUGUCCCCGGGAGCCAGCGGCCCCCCAGCCUUUGCCCUGUUUGCUGACAGCUCCUGUGACAGCAAAGCCACCUUGCAGUUUGAAGCUCCAGGAGUCCCAGAAGGAUCGAUUGAAGCAGAAAUUAAUGAUGCCAUAAAUUGCAUAGACCCAGCCCCUGGUGAUGAGCCCACUGAGCUGAAGUCUCUGCCCUACAAGGACUUUGCCCAAAACUGCAGUGUCCCCAGGGAAGAGGAUGUUUGUGAGCUGUCUUUAACCUUCACAGAACUACAGAUCAGGGAUGCUCAGGAAGAACUUACAUAUCCAAUAGAGGAAACUGGCCAGCCUGAGGCAGUGGCCUAUGCAGGAACAAGUGACAGGCACGUUGGAGAAUUUCAUCGCUCCCAAAUAAAACAUACAUACCUGACUAAUGCUGAGCUGCACAACAGAGCAGUGUCACACACUGAGCCAGCUUCAGCUCUGUGCUGUACUGCUGGGCACUUGGAGGAUUCCACUACUGACAGCAAGAGACUGCUCAUGGAUCCUGCCAAGGCACAUCCAGCUUCUGAAUGCUUCAGGCAUGUCAGAGAGCCCCCCAACCUCACCUACAUCCCUCCCCAAAGCAUUGAUGUGCAGCCCUCACACGGGGGCAGGAGCAGCACUCAGGGCAGGAGGAGCCUGCUGCAGCCUGCAGGGGACUCUGCUGGAGGCAGGGAAGGAAAGCUGGAGAGCUGUAAUUCCCAAGAGUCUGACACCCAGGAGCCUUAUGUCAUCAUCGACAGACCCGACCAGGCAGUGCUGUGCCAUCACACCUGAGUCUGCAGUGCUUUAUUUGUAAUUACUUGGGGGCAUUGUCCUCUCACCUGUGGCCUUGAUCCUGUUAGGGAGAUGAUUAGCUUUGUGAAAACAGUUCAAAAAAAACCCAAAGCAUGUCACUGCUCUGGGACAGUAAAUAGCAGGAGUUACACAAAUUCUUAAUGGUUCCUUUGAUGCAAAAACCUGAAUGGUCACCUUUAACUCCUGUAAAUUUCAAGCCGUUUAAUUCAUGAAUCAGAUUCCUUCUGACUGUUAAGGCCAGACAGGUUUCUUCAGCUGGAUAUCCUACUUUUCUUUUUUUCUUUACCAGACCUAUUCCUGGAAUACUCGUCCAGUACAAGGUAAAUUCUUCUAAGCUGGAAGAUGCAGCUUUUAGAAAUGCUGGAGUGUACUCCUGUUAACUCUCUGCAUCCCUUUGAAGCUGUGUCUGAGCUAAUCUUCCUCCUGACUUCAGCUGAAAACAGGUUUAGAAAGUUUGAUAACAUUCCUUUAGCUGUAAAGAGGGGAACAGCUCUUUGAACCCUUGGUUCUGUAGUUACAGGUUUUAUAUCUGCCUCUAAAAUACCAAAGUAUUUUGUGGCCACCACCACAAUUUCCAAGAGAAGCCUUGAGCAUUGUAACUGUUCACUGCUACCAGGGAGAGAGGUCCAGCUACACCUGCCAUUUCUCUUGCCUCUGCUCCUGAUUUAAUUUAUGCCAGAAGUUAACAGAAUUUUUCUGCAGGCCAGUUCAUCUCACUAAAAUGAAGUGGGGGGGGGGCGGGGGAAAUCUCAUUCUCCACCAUUUUAGUGGCAGGAAAAAAUACAUUCAGAGAAGGAUCCCAGCGAGCAGCAGAGGCAGGAUCAGGGAUAUCCUGCAGGUGGGAGUGCUGUAUGGAAAGCUCAGGAGUGUUGGAUCAGCUGGAAACUGAGUCCCAGCACUGAGAGCCUGUGUCACACACAGCUCUGAAUUCAUUUAGGAAAGCACACUGCUGCUGUGCUUAGGCACAGUUCCAGUGCUUCUUUAUACAAAUAUCUCCAAGGGCUGUCAGAGGGUGGUGCCCAGCAGCAGGACAAGGAGCAAUGGCCAUAAACUAAAACACAAUAAGUUUCAUCUCCACAUGAGGAAGAACUUGUUUUCCUGGAGGAGGCAGAGCCCUGGAGCAGAUGCCCAGGGAUACUCUCUGGGACAUUCCAAACCUACCUGCACAAGUUCCUGUGUCACCUGCUCCAGGUGACCCUGCCUGGGCAGGGCUUGGACUGGGUGACCUCCAGAGGUCCCUUCCAACCCUAAAAAUUCUGUUGUUACCUAGAAAGACACUUUAACACUGCUUCAAGUAGCUUUUCAAUAGCAGUGAAAUGUGUGCUCAUUUGAGCUGGGGUAGAGUUUAUUUUCUUCACAGUGGCUAAUAUGGAGCUCAGUUUUGAAUGCUAAAAAAUGCCUUUCAUGUACAGUUAAAAUAUUAGCUGAAACUAAUUAUAAUUGACUUUCAUCCCUGAAAAAAUUCAGAGGAGCACACUUGGAUUAGACUAGAAAAACCUCAGGAACUAAAAUACAAAGAUUUGCUUUUUGGACAACUAAUGGUUGAAAUUCUGUCAUCCUCUGAUUCCAGCAGUGUAGGAGAAACAGAACCUUGCCCAAGUUAACACCAGGGGACAGGAAUGCCUUCAGCUCUGGGUGGGGUUGUGAGAAAUGGGUGUUAGGAACAAAAACUUCAUAGGAACAAAAAGCCUUAACAGGGCUGUGUCCUGGUAUCCUUUAGGCUGCAGGAUUCUCUGUACUAACCAUUAAGUGACAUUUUCUGUGCUGUGCAAAAUAUAUGUCCACAGUGAAAUUAGAAUUAAGAACAAACUGUGGAUGACUGAGCUUCAAAUGAAUAGAACCAUUUCCAAAGAAAUAAUUCUUUUGGACUCUUAGAGAAGAAAAGGUUUUGAAAGUUUAACAGAAGGUGUCAAGAAUACCUGGAAUCCCCCUGGAAUAAGGUAAUUACUUAGCAGACAAAAAUCUUACUUUUAAGCUCAGUUUCUAAAGAUUACAACAGAGCAGUAGAAUGGCAUUCCUGGGAUCACAUGCUUUAGGACCAGCUUAGUAUUUCACUAGGAAAUGCUCUCUCUGUGCACUUAUCCUUAUUAAGUUGCAGUCAUUUAGAAAAGAAACAGCUCAUGAGAUGGGAGUAACAGGACAGGAGCUGCAGUUCCUGACUGGGUGUGGUUCUUUCCAUGCAAUGGGUUUUAGGCAAACCACAACCCUGCAAAAGCAGUGAUGUCCAAAAGCAGCACCAUCAGAUAUUGUUGAAAAGCCACAUAACUGAAUGUUUCUAUCCUGCACAAGUGCCUGACAAAUGUCUGUACAGUGAUCAAAGUGCUAAUGAAGCCUUGCUUGUUCCAGCUGAACUAACCAAAACCAGUAGGAGAAAAAUACAUUCUGUACUUUUGGGAUCAUUCCCCUAAAAUUACCCAGAAAAUCAAUGUGAGAGCAGUCCAAGUGCUGCAUUGAAAGGAUUCCCUUGAAAGCAAAACCCAGAGGGUAAAGCACAAGUGUAGGGCAACUCAGCAUUUCCUUCAACAAGUCCAAGAAUGAAACCCCAAUGGUUUUCUCUAUUCUUCAAGUACUUACAGGUCAUAAUAAACUGGUCAUGAUAUAA